GUGCAUUCGUACCGCCAAGUAUACACUGUACAGCACAGUACUCGCUGUCUCUGGCUCAUUCUACGCCUCUUACUUGCUGACAAGUGACGUGAAUGGUCACAGAUGAAUGCAGAAGCCGACGAAGAGCUCGAACAGAUCAGACGAUAUGAAGACUUCACUACGAUAGACUGGAUCCAGGAUGCUAUCUUGGAACGGAACAGACGCAUUCGGAACGCGAGGAAUGAAUAUAUUGCACUACGUGGACGACACGUAACCUUUUCAUGGUUAUGGGCCCAAGUCAAAAGGGCGAUGAGGACAGGACAGAGUUGGUUUGUCGUCAGUCUCGUUGGAGUUUGCAUUGGCUUGAAUGCCGCUAUCAUUUCAAUCAUCACGGAAUGGCUCUCCGACAUAAAGAUGGGGUAUUGUUCUAAUGGGUGGUGGCUAAAUCAGCAGUUCUGCUGUUGGGAAAUCGAAGAGGAGGAGACGGAUGCCUGUGAUUCGUGGCAUCCUUGGAGUACAGUCACCCCGGCGCGAUAUUUUAUCUAUGUUUUGUUUGCGGCCACGUUCUCAUUCACGGCUGCCCACCUCGUCCGCUCUCUAGCUAAGUACGCUGCGGGAUCUGGCAUUUCGGAAAUCAAAUGCAUUCUAGCCGGAUUUAUUAUGCAAGGCUUCCUUGGUUUCGCGACGUUUUUCAUUAAGAGCAUAACUCUACCUCUAGUAAUUGCAUCGGGGUUGUCUGUCGGUAAAGAAGGACCAUCUGUCCAUGUGGCUUGCUGUAUAGGCUAUCUGGUCGCCGGACUAUUCCAGCGGUUUUCUCGUAGCGAAGGGAAAAUGCGUGAAAUUAUAACCGCAGCCAGUGCGGCCGGUGUAGCAGUAGCCUUUGGUUCACCCAUUGGUGGCGUGCUAUUUUCCAUUGAGGAAAUGAGCCAUGCUUUCAGUAUCCGGACUAUGUGGCGGAGUUUUUUUUGCGCACUGAUGGCCACGGUCACCUUGUCGGCCAUGAACCCUUUUCGUACAGGUAAACUGGUACUGUUCCAGGUGACAUAUGAUCGCGAUUGGCAUUUUUUUGAAAUCAUAUUUUUCGUUGUGCUUGGAAUAUUUGGUGGCUUGUAUGGGGCCUUUGUUGUCAAAUUCAAUCUUCAAGCGGCCGCCUUUCGUCGAAAGUUUCUCGCUAAGCAUGGUGUGGCCGAGGCCGUCACUUUGGCGACCUUGACUGCCAUCAUAGGGUACCCUAAUCGCUUUCUGCGUAUAGAUAUGACCGAAAGCAUGGCAAUUCUAUUUCGUGAAUGCGAAGGAGAUGUUGAUAACAUCUGCCAAACGGCCACUCAAUGGCGAAUAGCGAACUCGCUCAUACUAGCGACUUUGAUUCGGACUGCCUUGGUCGUGAUAUCGUAUGGCUGUAAAGUUCCUGCUGGUAUAUUUGUGCCCUCAAUGGCGAUCGGUGCUACUUUUGGAAGGAUGGUUGGUAUCAUUGUCCGGGCAAUGUAUCUAGCUUAUCCUCAAUCGGGCAUCUUCGCUUGGUGCGACCGUGAUGUCCCAUGUAUCACCCCUGGGACAUACGCGUUUUUAGGUGCAGCCGCGGCUCUCAGCGGUGUCAUGAGAAUAACGGUCACUGUCGUUGUAAUCAUGUUUGAGCUGACAGGCGCCCUGACAUACAUCUUGCCAACGAUGAUCGUUCUCUUAGUGACCAAAGCCGUCGGUGACUUAUUAGGUACCAACGGAAUCGCCGACGAAAUGAUCAGGUUCAACGGCUUCCCUUUCCUAGAAAAAGAAGACCAUGCGUACAAUGUUUCUAUAUCUGCCGUGAUGCGAAAUGAAUUGCAUGUUUUGACUGAGACUGGUAUGCAGGUCAAGGACAUCGAGGCGAUCCUCGCUGCUACGGAUGUGAAAGGGUUUCCCAUAGUGUCUCCCGACGGUUUCCGGACUCUGAUAGGCUACAUCGGACGAGCGGAAUUACAGUUCAUCCUUGAUCGUUUCAGGAAGAUCAGGGAUGUUGACUCGGACACCCCAUGUUCUUUUAUGUCUGACGACCGUGAUUGGGAGCGUCUGAAUAUGCCAGCUGGAUCCGUGGGUAUUGAGGAGGACUUCUCGGAAAUAAUAUUACAGACGGCGACAUUCAACGAAGGUCUGAAGUUCUGGCCCUGGGUUAAUCAAACGCCCAUGACGGUCUCACGGCAACUUUCCUUAGAGAUUGUGAUGCAACUUUUCAAAAAAAUGGGGCCUCGAGUCAUAUUAGUCGAGGAUCAUGGAAUGCUCACCGGGCUGGUGACCGUGAAAGACGUCCUUCGAUUCAUUGCAACUGAAAAGCCCGACCGUCAACUAUCUUUCGACGAACGCGGAGGCCUAGAUGGGCUACUAGAGGAAUUAUGGACUUGGUCUUCUGAUAUUGUUCGACGAAUCGUAUCGUGGAGUCCUAGUCUUCUCCGUCGGUGAAUAUUUGUAUUCAAUUUUUUAAUUAUUAUAUUUUCCGAUUAUUGUGACGUCAUUGUAUGUCAGGCAGUAUAAAGGCACCUUUUGAAAU